GUGCCCGACGGGCCUGACAGAAAAUAUAUUUUUAAUUUCUCGGGCAAUAUUCCCAGGUGCGUGAAAUUAAGUUGGCGCAUGAAUGCAAAUAUAUUUUUUUACUAAGGAGUCCGCAUUUGUAUUUUAGUGAAGCUUUAUUUUCAAACAGGCGUACGCCAUAGACAGCUUAGCGUCGAGGCGCCAGACUCAAAACAGGAAAACAAAACGCAGCCAUUCAUUUCCUACCGCUUGUCCGUUUCGAACAAGCUAACUAGUUUUUGUUACAAAGUAUAGUUUAUUUUAAGCAGGCUUUAAAGGAAGUAAGCAAAUAUCUUCCUGCAGUUUUACGGGCUUAUUGCGUCCCCGUGUUUAGUUUUUUUUAAGAAGUUUCAGACUAUAGUUUGCAUGAUGAAGAAGGUGAGCAAAGCCAGGCAGUCCACGCGUGGGUCAGAGGAGUGUGGAGUCUGGCUGGACACCGUGCAGAUGAAAGGGAAAGCCCAGCAGAAAAGAGAAAGAGUUCGCCCCAUUUCCAGGCUGCUAAACCCCCUCAUGAAGGACAACUACAGUCUGGCUGUGGCUCUCAACUUCACUCAGACCAAGGCACACAUGCCAGAGACCAAGCAGAGCUCCAUAGUCUCCUUCUUCUCGCCUCUGCACCCAACUGCGAAGAGCGGCCAGCAGCCUGCAGAGUCCAGCACUACGGGCAAGAGGAGCGAGGAGCAGAGCGCUGCAGCAGAACCUGCUCCUGAGGACCAAGGCAGCUUGGUGCGUGGUCAGGAGGAGGCGGAGCCAGCAGAAGACAACUUCCUGGGGGUGGACAAGGUCAAAGAUCACGAGGACAAAGAAAACAGCCCUUUAGCGUGGUCUUCCUCUCCAAGUGGCCCAGGGUCUCGUCCCAGACCCCCGUGGAGGGCGAGGUCACCUCUGAAGGAGAACAUCCUGUCCGUGAGCAGGACUCCAGUGAGGAGGUGUCAGCAUGGCGAGGAGGAGGAGGAGGAUCUGGCCAUGUUGUUCACGCAGGACUCGCAAGGCUUUCGGGUGAUCGCACACCGAGGUGUGCAGGAUCCUAGUCCGCUUGAAGAUGGCUGCAGGUCUUCCUUUGAAGACUUUCUCUUCACGCAGGACUCUCAGGGGAACAUGGUGAUGAAACACUGAGUCUCCUUUUAUUCCUCUAAACUAUUCUUGUCCUGCAUCUUCAAUAAAGCUUGGGAAAAUACAUCUGCCUCUACUUUGUUACUAGCCAGGAUCAUGUUGUACAUCACCAUGUUCCACAUGACACUGGAGGAACACACGAGGAA